AGAUACUUGUGCCACGACAGGCAACAGCUCCUGUGAUCGGUUGGCACAUCUCGUGUGUCUGCAUAUCUGAGUGACCAUGAUGCUGAACUAUUUCUACCUAUUGUUGCUAGCUUUUAUUGCGUGUCAAAUUGCGACAGCGCAAAAUGAAGACGAUCUACAAAUACCAGUUGAGAAUGAUAACCAAUUCCCACCAGACAAUCAUUCAGAUGUCAUUGAAGGCAGUGGUGAAGGUGUGAUUGAUGAACCCCAAACUGAAACAACUGAAGCACCACCGAUAGAACACAUCGAGUCUCGAUUAUUAUCAGAAGAUGAUGAGGAGACACCAGUAACAGGCGUAAAUGCACCCGUUACAGGCGAUGAUGAUGUUUGUCCAAAGCCUUGUGUUUGUCGUGUAGAAGGAACUACGAAUGACUUUGUGAUAGACUGUUCCGGAUACGGUUUGACAGAAUUCCCAUCGCCUUUGAAUGAAAAAGCUACGAUUCUAAAUAUACAGAAGAAUAAAAUUGUUGAAAUACCCAAUUCAAUAUCGAUGCUGAAAAACUUGAAAAUAUUGAAAGCCAGUGAUAAUGAAAUCAUGACUAUAGUGCCUGGCUCGAUCAGCGAGCUUCCGGAAUUAGUCACUUUAGAACUUCGAAACAAUCGGCUAAUUGAUUAUCCUAAUGACCUCAAAAACAGUUUUGGACAACUAAAACUGCAAGAUUUGGAUUUGGGUGGCAACGAUAUGCGGACGACUUUAACAGCCGAUCUUUUCUCCAAAUUCGAAUCACUAAGAAAGAUUACGCUACCUACAUCUACUCCAGAUUUACAACAAGACUUAUGUUCUGUACUAUCAAAAAGUUUAUUAAAAGUAUGCACCAAAUCAUGUGAACACGAUACAUAUGAUUGUAAAGAAGAAGAUUUUGACGGUGAAGAUUUACCAGUAUUGCCUGGUAUGAUUGCCGUCGAUAAUAACGACGAUGAAUCAGUAUUUGACAAUCAAGAAAAUAGAAAGGUGGAUAGUAAUCCUCAACAAGAGACAUCCAGUGUCAGUUCAACAGAGGACAAUACGCCAAAAGUUUCUGGUAAAAUUACAGCAGCAGAGUUUUCUUUCCGAUCUGCUAUCAACAAGCAACCCGAAGACGUACAGCCUUCUAAUUCUAUAAAUGAAAACCCAGAUAAACCUCCAAGUACAACGGAGGUAGCAGUAAAAGUUGGUGCGACAACUGAUACUAAAACUGGCGGUGUCAAUAAAACUAUCAUCGGUUUAGUUGUGGUCGGUAUGGUUGUAAUAGUAGCUGUAAUAACAAUCAAGAAGAACUGGAAUUCAAUCGCAAAACGAUUUGGAUCUAACUCGAACAGCAGAACACCGAACCAACAAACCGGAGGUAACGCUAAUGGUUCAGCUCCAGAAGAAGUACCUUUACAAGAUAAAUCGCCGGUUUAAAGUAGGUUUAUGUCAUCAAAACGUAUAAUAAUAACGUUUCUAAUUUAUUAAUGGUGAAUUGUUACAAAAGUACGAUCUGAAAAAUUGUUAUUCUGCUGACAUUUUUCAACAAUGGUUUUGUUGCUGAUUAUGAAAAUAUUUUUGAAUUUUAAAUGCGUGUUAAUAAUUAUACAUUAGCUAAAAUGGAUACAGUUUGUAAGAAGAUAUUUGUUACGUAGAUAAAUAUAUUAGCUGUGCCAUUUAAUCA